GCUUUGGUCGUUUGGCAGUGCGGUUGCACUUCGAUUUGGUCUCUCAGUUGGCCCAGUGCGGAGUUUCUUCGGAGCCUCAGGCUGUGAGUGUUGAGUCCGUCAUAAGAGGAAGACGUGCCUUGAGCUCCUAGCAGGCUAAUUUGAGAUUUUUUUUUGCGUGAUAGUUCAUUCAGCGGAAUUGGCAGCCAACGGCACGUGCCUUCGAGGAAUAUGUGAUUCUUUUUACGAGCGAGUUUGAUUUUGCAGACAGGAUUUUUUGGGCUUCUAUUAAAUGCUAGACAAACCUGCAAUAACAAAGUGAAAUGCAAGUUGUGGUGGAUUAAAUGAGUGAAAUCAACAAAACAGCAAGAAAUUCUUCCUAAUCAAUGCCACAACCCGGAAUAGAUGAAAUCUCGCUGAUCAAAGUUUGCUGUACCAGAUCUACCUCAACCUCUUGAACGCACGGAACUAAAGAUAGGAUGGAAAUACGAUGGAACUGGAUUGCCCUGACUCUCCUUAUAGUGAUCUUUCAUACAGCAGUGACACACGACAUGGUGGAUUCUCGAAGCAGGGCGGAAUUAAGUAGUAAAAGCAGUCAAAGUAGUACAAAUGCCGCUUUGGAAGAUGCAAUCGAUAAAAAAGGUGAUUCCGGAAAACCACUCGUGGAUCACGUGGAUUCGGAGCUUGUCGCGAGAAACGAACACAGGCCAGUGGAAAGUAAUGUAAUAGAUAGUACGCAAGAAAUUACUGCGAAGAAACAUAUUCCGAAAGAAAACAAAAAAUAUCGGAAAAAGUACAUCUCAAACGAAGACUAUCGAAAAACAACACAGCAAUAUGGAGAACAGAAGACUGCAACUGAAAGUGAAAAUGAACAGGCGGAACAAAAACCGCUACGGAGCUCCCCAGACGAAUCUGACAAACCGCACAGUCGGAAGAAACGGCUGAUUUGGGUAACGGACGACGGAAGGCUGGCACUUCCCCCCGGUACUUCGCUAACUAUCGCUCCAACGAUUGCGCUGCCAUUCGUCCGGUAUCCACCGACCGGGUUUCUGUCAAACAUCUCUAUCAGUUUACCAGUGACAAUUGAUUUCGACAAACUUGGUCUGACGGAUAACCAGAAUCCGUUGGGUGUGCUGCCGCCGCUGUUCGCGCGCUCGAUGGGUCGUGCUGCGGGAAGCAUUUUGGCCGAUUACGUAGCGGAUUACAUGCACAACCGAAGGCGUAAGCGAAGUGCGCCCCACUUUGGGAGCAAUGAUAAUUUCAAGAUCACUACCAGCUUCAUUGACGAAGACGACGGUGAUCGGAAACCAGCCGAGCUGCCCGAGGAGCACAAGCAUGCUUUCCAUGGAGGAGAAAGAGCAUUGCUGUAUACAGUGGUGGAAGAUUUCAUCGCCAAUUUUGGACUCGAUGGAAAAGCUUGCAUGUUACGAGCCAUUUGUGAGGUGCACUCUAAGCCAGUGGAAAACUUUGGGUUGCUUGGCGAGUUUUUGAAACUGUUUUUCACAGCAUCUCUGUCACCGUAUUCCGAACAUUUAGGUGAGUAUGUUUCGGCAGAAAAUAUUGGCAGAGGUAAGACUGGUCCUGGUGAGUGCUUUCCGUACUAUAAGGACUGCCCGAGAAGCCUCUUUAGGACACCGAGCGAUUUUCAGAAGCGUUACUCUGCGGAUGAAUCCGGCAAUUCGUCGAAUGGCCAGAAUAGUCUGCAUGAAAACAGUAUAGACGACCUUGACCGAGAUAUUCGCAAUUUCGAUAAACGUGAAUCAUUAGUAGAAUCCAAAGACGAAGCUAUGAUGCAGCUGGACGGUGUCUUUAGCGAGGUAGCCAUGUAAAUUAAGUCUAUGCUCUUCUUACUGCGACUGAGGAACAGGAGUGAGAUAUGUGUGUUUGAAUAGGUCAUUAUUGAAUUGUUUGGUGUGCUACAUGCAUGAAAAAUAGUUGAAAUAAUGCAUUUCGUUGAUAUUGUGCAUUUGAAAGUAAGGUUAACUUAUUGACUAACAUAACAGUAUUUUAGUGCUGAAUUCAAAUUAUUUAUUAUCCAUUAAAAUAGAUUUCAUUACUCAGUAAAAUAGGUAGAAAUAAAAAAUCAAUAUUGCAGCUGUGUAAUUGUGACCAUAUAAUGUAGGUAACGAAAUAUAUUUUAUAAUAGUUUUACUGAAUUACAGAAUAUUAUCCUAAAUUAGGAAAUUUCACGGAAGUUUUCAUGUUUCUAGGUGAAUCACAAUCUUGGAAAAAUAGAAAGGUUGUGUUGAUUUUUUGAUUCUAGAUCGUGAAAACUUUUGUGAACUGCUUAAAAAUCGUUUGUUUAUCAAAAGCGCAAUAAUUAGAGUAUUAUAUUUAGAUAUUUUUUUCUUAGAAUUAGGUCGUUACUGAAUACAAAAUAUUAUUUUAAUCGGGCUAUUUAUACAAUUGAUUUUUUCAAGUUGAAACCAAUCUUAGAACAUCUUUUAACAAUUGCCCGAAAUCAAUUUUCAAUCUGUAAAUAACUAGUCAAGCACGGCUUAACAGAAAAUAUAGGGCCCUAUAACAGAGGUCGAGAAUCUUCUAUGAUAACGGUCCAUAAGUAACAUAUAUCACGCAAUAAAUGAGAAUGUCUGCCAGCACUGUCAAACCUAUUGGGGUAUUUUCCUAUUUUUCGGUUUAUUAUUCCACAAAAAUUGUGCAUCGUCGCGCAUUCUUUCGAAAACGGUAUCUGAAGGCUUUCUCUGAAAAUCAAUAACAGAAAAUAACAUUCUAGUUGAAAGCGACGAUUUUUUUUCCUGUAUGGACUUUCUCACCGCGACCAAAAUCGUAGAUCUAUUGUGAGAAAAUCGAGGAUUUAUUUUUGUGCUCUCUUAUUUCUGAUAUUUGGAUUAUACCAAACGAUAUUAAACUAUCUGAUGCUGAUCAAACUAAAAAAUAAAAACUGAUUAUACGAAGUGUAAUUUUUGUUAAAAAAAUGUGCUCGAGAUCGACAUAAAUGUUUUGGUAAAACUUAGAUUUAGUUCGAUUCUACGUAACUAUGAGUUGAAAUGUGCACACAGAUUUGCUUAUGAGUAUGUACACAAACUUACACGAACAUGAGCCCAGUCAGAGCCUGUUAUGUUAAAUUUUGUUAAUAUAUCGUUUUUUUUUUGUUAAUAUAAGAAUUUUUAAUUCGUGUUAAAUUGUUAUGUACAGACGCUUGGUAAUGUUUUAUUAAAU